AUGUUCGCGAAAUUAUCCUUGACGGUGCUCGCCGUCGCUGCUCUCGUUGGCACAUCGCAAGCACAGUCGAAGCAUCAGCAUGUCCUGAAGCGGGCCCACGACAUAGGUGGAAACUGCAGAGACCAGGCCUACCCAAAGCAGUGCGGUAAGAAUUGGGACUACACAUCAUAUCCGAACGACCAGCAGUUCCGCGCCGAUGCUGUUGUGGAGAUGUUCCGGUUUGCUUGGAACGGCUAUUACAACUAUGCCUUCCCCCAUGAUGAAUUGCGCCCGAAGAACAWCAGCUUCACCGAUGGCAGGAACGGAUGGGGCAUGACGGCUGUCGAUGCGCUGGACACGGCCAUCAUUAUGGAACAAAAAGACAUCGUCCAAAUCAUCCUCGAAUUCAUCACCACGGUGGACUUCACCAAGAACAACUCCCCAACGCUGGCCUCGACCAGUCUGUUCGAGACGAACAUUCGCUACCUCGGAGGCUUGCUGGCAGCAUACGACCUACUCAAAGGACCCUUUUCCCAUCUCGGAUUCGAAGACGACAAGGUUGACGCGCUGCUCAAGCAGGCAGUAAGUCUGGCCGACACGAUCAAAUUCGCUUUCAACACGCCUUCUGGUCUGCCGAAGAACUCCAUCUACAUCGACAACCGGACAUUUACCGACGAGUCUCGCGAUGACAAUGGAGACUUCACAGCUGGUCUUGCUGAGAUUGGGACAUUGGUGCUCGAAUGGCAGCGACUAUCUGAUCUCACAGGCAACCCAGAGUAUGGGCUGCUGGCACAAAGGGCGGAGUCGUAUUGGUUCAAGGGCCCUGAGAUCUGGCCCGGCCUUACAGGUGGAACUUUCAGCGUUUCCACCGGAGAGAUCCUCGACAAAUAUGGUGGCUGGACGUCAGGUAAUGACUCGGCUUAUGAGUACCUCAUCAAGAUGUACGUUUACGACCCGGAGAGAUAUGGAAAUUACAGCAAGCGAUGGCAGAGCGCCGCAGACUCAACAAUCGCCCAUCUUCUUAGCAGUCCUGGCAGUCGCUCCGAUCUCGUCAUGGCCGGAGCUUUCAACGGUACAGAAGUUGUCCCAUACUCAGAGCAGCUGGCGUGCUUCAUUGGUGGGAAUUUCCUCCUAGGUUCGACCGUCUUAAAUAAUGAUCAGUACCUCAAAUACGGUCUAUUGUUCAGCGAGUUUUGCGCCAAUGGAUACAGGAGCACAGCGAGUGGGAUUGGUCCGACGCUCUACUCCUGGGACGAGGGACUACUAGCAUCCAAUUUCACAAACCAAACGGAUGUCUACAACGAAGCUGGAUUCUUCAUUCCUAGCAACUUGUACUUUUCCAACGGGCUCACCCCAGAAGCGGUCGAGUCGUGGUACUACGCCUAUCAAACUACCGGCGAUCAGUACUGGAGAGAUGUUUCAUGGGCAUAUCUGAUCGCUCAGAAUGAGACCACGCGUGUUGGGUCGGGCUUCGCCAACAUUAAGAACGUACUCGUCGCGGACGGCAACGGCACUGGUAAUAUCAUGUCAAGCUUCUUACUGGCGGAGGUACUGAAGUAUCAAUUUAUGAUUCAGUCACCCAAGGACGGAAUCUGGAAUGUUCAGCAUGGGGAAAACAAGACCAAUCAGUUUGUUUACAAUACAGAAGCACAUCCGGUGCGGGUCAUGGCGAAGAAUUCUGUGUAG